AUGGUUGACAUGGAAGUCUUGAUAUUAUUAACAUCUUUAAUUGAGAAGGUCGAUAGAUUGUUAUUUGAUGGUAGUAAAUCAAAUGUCUUUGUUGACAACAUAAGUCCAAUGGAACAAUUCAAAGAAGAAAAAGAACAAGAAAAUCUCGAAACUUACACUUUAUUAUGGUGUGAUGCGCAAGUUAAUACAACAGAUGACAAUCGUCAAACACAAGUAGAAUUACGUCAAUCAAUCAAUUUUUUAAAAACAUUUGAGUCAGCCGAUUUAUGUAAACUCUAUAUAGAAAGAAAGUCGAAUGAAGAAAUCAUUUUAAUUGUAUCUGGUUGUAUUGGAAGAAACUUAGUGCCAGAUAUUCAUGAUUUAUUACAAGUAAUUGCUAUUUAUGUAUUCUGUUUGGAUUUAAAAGAACAUGAAGUAUGGACAAAAGAUUACGAAAAAAUUAAGAAAGUCACCAGUGGCAGAGUUCAAUUAUUAGACAGUAUUAUGAAUGAUCAAAUAAAACGAAAUAACAUUGCUAGAAAACAAAAUUUAAAUAUAACUGUUUUUAGUCAAGCAAGUAUGAGAAACACAACGAAUGAAACAAUAAGAUCUUCGAGAGAGUAUUCACAUCAAAACCUUGAUUGUGAUUUCAUGUGGUCUCAGUUGAUAGUUGAAGUUUUAUUAAAAAUGACAGAAACAACUCGUCAGAACUAUUUCAAUUUGUUUAUGGCAAAUUGUAGAAAACAAUAUAAUGGUAAUGCCAAUGAUUUGAAGAUUGUUGAUGAAUUGGAAGAAUAUUAUGAUGCACCAGCUGCACUCUACUGGUAUACACGUGAUUCAUUUCUAUAUCGUACAUUAAAUCGUGCUUUACGAUGCCGAGAUGAUCAUACAUUAGUAACUUUAUCUUUUUUUAUUCAUGAUAUUUAUAAUCAAUUGAAAUCGGAGCAAACAAAAUCUGUCAGUGAAUCUGCAAUUGUUCAUGUUUACCGAGGACAAUUGAUGUCAACUGUAGAACUCGAAAAAAUGAAAAUUAAUAUUGGAAAAUUUAUUUCGAUGAAUAGUUUCUUUUCGACAACAAUAAAUCGACAAUUGGCAUCAGAAAUUUAUGCUGGUGCAAGAAGUAAUAAUUCAAGUUUAAAAGAAGAAAGUGUACUGUUUGACAUUGAGGCUAAUACUUGUCUAGUAGAUGCUAAACCAUUUGCAGAUAUAAGUCGACGUAGUGCGUUUGAUAAAGAAGAACAAGAAAUAUUAUUUAUGCUUGGAAGUAUAUUUAAGAUUAUCGAUGUUUCAAGAAAUGAAGAAGAAAAAUUGUGGAUAGUUAAAUUGGAAUUAACUAACGAGGAAGAAAACGAUUUAAAAUUAGUUUUUAAAUAUAUGAAAAACGAGAUUCCAGACGAAACAGAUUUAUUAUCUCUGGGUAAUAUAUAUUAUCACAUGGGAAAAUAUUUUGAAGCUGAACGAUACUUUCAAAAUAUGUUAAAUUCAUUGUCAGAAACUGAUCAAAACCUUGCGGCAUGCUAUAGCAAUCUGGGCAUGAUUGCAUAUUAUGGUUAUGGUGAUUAUGAAAAAGCUCGUUUCAAUUACUCAAAAGCACUUGAACUCGAACUUCAGAAACCAUUACGUCAUAAAUAUAAUCUCGGUAAUAUAUUUAAUAAUUUAGGCAAUGUCUUAAAACAACAGGAUCAAUAUGAUCAAGCACUAUUACAAUAUUCGAAUAUUUUUGAAUUGGACUUAAGUAGAGAAGGUCCACAAGGUCUUCUAUUAGCUGCAGCAUAUCUCAACAUAGGUAUUGUCUAUAAUGAACUAAGAAACUAUAAUUUAGCUGUAGAACAUAUGAAUGAAUGUUUAGCAAUUGAAAUGCAUGAACUUCCUAAAAAUCAUCCAAAGCUCGCUACUACGCUCAACUACAUUGCACUAGCACAACAAAAUGCUAGAGAAUAUGAAAUUUCUAUGAUUAACUUUCAAAAAGCAUUAUCUAUUCAAUUGGUCUGUAUGCCUGAUCAUCCUGAAACUGCAAUUACGUAUAAUAACAUUGGCAUGGGAUAUGUUGUUGGCUUCGAAAAUUAUACCGAAGCUUUAUUAAACUAUGAAAAAGCAUUGAAAAUCUAUGAAAAUGCUUCUAUAAAAUCUAAUCACCCAGCUCUGGUAUCAUUACUUACCAAUAUUGGUUUCUUACAUCGGUGUAGAGAUGAAUAUCACCUAGCUAUGGAGUACUAUGAGAGAGCACUAAAGAUUCAGCUAGAAUGUCAACCAAACCACUCUACUACUGGUGUCAUUUAUAAAAACAUAGGUUUAAUAUAUGAGCGUGGAUUUCAAAAUUAUGACGAAGCAUUAAUCAAUUAUAAAAAAGCAAUUGAAAUAUUUAGGAUUUCGUUACCAGCGGAUCAUCCAGAUCUAGCAAAAACACUAUCGAGCAUGGCUGAUCUCUACAGUCAUAUGGAUGAGUACGAGCUGGCCUUGAUAAAUUAUAAGGAAGCGCUAAAAAGUCUAUCGAUUUCGGCACCAAACCAGCCUGCAAUUAUUGCCACCUAUAUUGGCAUUGGUUUAGCUUAUUCCAAUGGUUUUCGAAAUUAUAUUGACGCAUUAGUUAACUUAGAAAAAGCAUUGAAUAUCUGCAAAACUAAUUCAUUGCCAGAAGAAAUAAGUUCCAUUCAAAAUUGUAUUCAUGAAAUUGAGCAACGCCUAGAAAAUGAAGAUCCACUUAGUUAUCCUUUAGCUCCGAAUCAACGCUAUUCAAUGAGACAAAUAUUAGGUGAUGGAGAACUUCUUACAAAUGGUAAUCCGACUGAAGAACGUAUUCUUAUAUCUGAUUUGCUUAAAAAUAAUACAGCUAUCGGAUUAUAUUUUGUAGAUCAUUCAUCUUUCGGUCGUCAUUUUACUUUACAGUUAGCUGACAUAUAUAACCAGAUGUUUUCCAAUGAUGGACAUGAAUCAUUAUCAUUUGAUAUAAUUUAUAUAUGGUUGUAUGACUUAGAUAAACAAUCAUUCAAUGAACAUUAUAAAGAAAUGCCAUGGAAAGCAAUACCCUAUCGUGAACAAGAUUCGAUAAUCCUAAUAAACAGAUUAGACAAAUACUUUGAUAUACAAAGAAUUCCAACAUUAAUAAUUUUAAAUACAUCAACGGGUGAAAUUUUAGCAAACAAUGGUUAUCAAAUAAUUAGUCAAAUGAAGUUGAAUGCAAUAGAAUCUUGGUGUUGUGGCAAAAAAGUGAUUUGUCCACGAUUACCGGAUGAAGAAUUUGUUUGGUAUCACGUAUAUUGUGAUGGUGGAUGUAACAUCUCUCCAUUGAGAGGACUGAGAUAUCACUGCAACAUAUGCGGAGAUUAUGAUUUGUGUGUAGCAUGUAAAGAAAGAAAAGAACAUGAGCAUGAAUUGCAGUUAUUAAAACCUUCAUAUGAAAACGAGGAAGAAUAUUAA